AUGAUGAUGGUGGGAAAGGCUCGCAGACUCCUACGUGGAAGCAAUCCAAGGCGGAAGACAUCAUCCACAGUCAUAAGCAGUCAUUUCCCACCGAGAUCAAGAGAGUCCAACUCUGCGGCCAGCGGCAGUCCCAAAGGUAGCGAGACUCAGCUGAACAGCGCCAGGAACGACGGACAGCAUUUAGACACAGAGGCCCCUUUCACACCUCCAAUUGAAGAAGAGGAGGAGCCAGCUGACACUAAAGGAAUCUUCAGCUUUCUGGAUGAUUACUAUGAGUCACUGAGCAAGGAGAAAGCCGAGCGUGAGAAAGCAGAGCAGGGAAACUCGGGAGAUCUGCCACCGCCACCACCACCUAGUCAGCCAGAGAAGAAGAAAAAGAAAAAGGAUAAAAAGAGGUCUUCUGAAGGGGAGUCAGGGGUAAAAUCUCCCAGAAAAACUUCCAAGAAAGCAGAGCAUGCUUCUGGAGAAGAAAACAAGAUAGCAGACAGUAUCUACGAGAGGACCAUGUCUGCCAGAACUCUCAGGGCAAAUGCUGUGCACUUACUCAGACCUAAAAGCUCUCCAGCGUUGUUGGAGCUGCAGGCCAAUCUUCCCAGCAAUAGAUGGAGCCACAUGGCAACAGACAUGAAACUGAAGUUUGCAGAAACUGCCGAGGAGAAAGCUCUGGAACUCCACGAAAAAUUGGAGCAGAUAGAAAAACAAAAGUAUGCCACAUGUCAGCAAAAGUUUCUGGCCAUUCCAUUCUCUAAAAAUACAGUUCACGACGCCCUGAAGCAGAUGAAGGAAGCACUGGCCGACAAAGACGCCAAGAGAGCAGAGAGACUCAAACAAAAACCAAUACAUUGUCAAUGGUACAGUGACCUGCUGACUACUGUGGACAGUCUUGACCUCAGCCCCAAAGACAGGAUGUACUUCAGGAAAAUCAUGGACAAGCUAGAGAAAUAUGGAAAGUACCAUGAAAUCUCACACAAGAUUGACAGUGGCAAGCAGACAGUUUUACACUUCCUAAAGAUCCUAGAGCGUCUUCGAGACUGGGAGAUUUGCAACCCAGAUGUCAGCGCGGCAAUCGAGUUUUGUCGUGAGCGCAUCGUGGAGAUGACCGUAGAGGACUUUGAGGAGUGGUUUCGGCAAUACUUCCCAGCUAUGAAACGACCCCAGACGGCACCACCUGUCCUGAACUUGGAGAGAGGGAAAAAGGGAGAAAAAUGAUGGUGUGCAGGUGGAGCCUCUUGUCUUGAAUUUGAAUGAAAAGAAAUUAAAGUGCACAAUGAAAGUUUACAGGUGUGGAGAAAUGAUUCAGUUUAAAGUACAAGUGUAAAUGUUUGAA